AUGGAUCAUCUUGAGCAGUUGAGUAGCUCCAUCGAUGGGCAUCAGAAUAUGUCCAAAGGAGUCCUCCGCUCAUCCAUGCAGUCCAACGAUAGUGGUUCGCUUCACUUUAUAACAAGCUCGGGAGUCGGGCAUAGCACGCGAGAGCAGGAGUACAUUGAGUCUUCAUUGCUUGGAACGGAUCUACUAUCGAGCCAGCUACCGACUAAUCUGCUUAAUGAUUACAUCAACUCCGUGUCUUCCACCGCUUCAAAUUCCCUUGGCAAUCUGCAAUCGAGCCUAGUGGAACACCACUAUCGACCGUUUAAUUCGGAUGAGCUGCACAGUCUCACCAGCGAUUCGAACAACGAUGGACCAAACGGAUCAAAGGAUAUCCCGGGCUUCAGCACACUAACAUCGUAUGAAAAAUUGAUGGACGUAGCUCAGCCUUCCUCCCCAAUGAGCAGUAGUUUGGCGCAAAUGGCGGGAACUAUGGAAAGCUAUGUUCAUUUCCCCCUGCCAGGACAAUUGCAUACAGCCGAUCAAGGGACUGAUGGGUUUGAUAUGAUCAGUGGUAACCUUAUGUCAACGCAUUCGCAUAGUAACCACCACCAUCACUACGCUCUUCCGCAUAUUUCUCAUGCACACCACCACCACCAACAGCACGGACAGCAGCAUAUUGUUCAUCAUCAAAGUUUGGCAGAGCUUUCGAACAGUUCCCAGCAAGUGGCCACCAUACAACAUUCGUUACAUGGCGAUCAAUCGCAAGCGUCUUCAGCCUUGAGCACCUUACCUUCUCCUUCAGUUGAUGCUCCCAUCAAGGAAUAUAACAUCAACAACUCUCUGAUGCCUGUUACGUCCACACUUCCAACAAUGUCCUUCUCAACCCAGCGACCAAACGAGUCUCCGAAACGAUUUUACUCGUGUACAGCCCUCCCGUCACUGAUGUUACGCCAUCAGCGGCCCAAUUCAGAUACGGCCGACAGCUUGGAACCCCUCGGAAACCACGAUGGGUCGGACAUCGUACCAUGCAAGCCACGUUCGGCCGAAGAAGAGAUUGCAGACUGUGUUGUGUCGUUGGAGAACGCACCACCAUGCGCAAUGCUAGGGAACAGCAUCAAUUUGCCUCACAAGAAGCGUCUCACGAAGAAACUUGGUGAUGCAAAAGGUGAUGCUGGGGGUAACGAAACGGAACAACUGAUUCCAGUUCCCACCGAGCAGCCACUACCGGUGCGACGUGGCACGGUAAUCGCUAACGAUAGUAGUGGCCUACAUGGUAGUGUUGUGUCUAGUAAUGCCCCAAAAGCAACUGGCACCCAACAACAUCGGCUUUCCGGUACCGGCUUCUCGUGUCAACUAUGUGGACGAACGAUGGAAGAUCAGUUGAUAUUCUUCAAUCACCUCAAAGAACACUACGAGCCGGAUGUUACUGGCAAAGACACCAUGGCGCUGGAUGUACGAGACAAUGUGAAAAAUCCAUCAGAAAUCGUACUAUCUGGAACAUCCGUAGCUGGUGCCUCCGAUGGCACGAAGGACUAUCCGGACGGGAAUAAACCGAAACCAAAACUUCCCCGCGUUAAACAUACAAAAAAACUCAAACAUGAGCGAACUUUUAAACCUACCGAAAUGAAUGGACACGAGGAAGUACAAGACCAACGGGAAUGCAUUAUUGAAGAUCCGGCAGAAAAAAGCCCAGACAAGGCCGCAGGGAACACUAUCAGCAGCGCGACAUUGCCAGAAAAUCCAACCAUGAACGAAGCUAUGGUCGAACUGGACACCGCGGAUAAUGGAGGGUGUGAGUUCAGUGACACGGAAGAUAUGCUUCCAGAAGGCUUACGGAAUGUGGUGCAGAAGGUACAGGAAACGGUCGAUACGGAUGCGAACGAGGAGUUCGCGACUCUUGCGUCGAACGAUCGGAGAUGGCUUCCGCCCGUUCACAUAACUAACGGGCACAAUAUGGAUGAUAAAAUCGGCAUUGCCUCCUCGGUUUCGCCGGUGAAAUGUUUGGAAUCGUUCGACGGCCAAGUUUUGGAUGCGGAAGAACUACACAUCCAAAGCGGUGUGGACAAUUUUGUUAUAUUACUCAGCAAAACGCAUUUCCCCGAUGCAGUGUGCGGACAGCUACCAUCCUAUAGUCAAUCGUUGAACGACAAUGGUACCGUUGAUCAGUUUUCGUCACUGCUACAAUCUCCCCCGAACGGUUCACAGGAACUUCAAGGGCAACCACAGCCUGCUAUGGUUAAUGGAGCGCUCUCGAGUGAUCCCAUACCAGUUUCGUUGCAUAGGAAUGUGAUAAGACCGGUGGACGAUAGUGCACAUUCGUUAUGUGACUCGCUAACGAUCCCUUCCAUCCUUCCGACACUGUCGACCAGCAGAAUCUGUAAGCUAACGGACAUGCCUUUCACCUCCACACAGUGUGAACCGUUGGCGGAUUUGCGUAAAGCUAAACUGCUAAAGGAUGAGCACAAAUCGGACGACGAUGAUGAUGACGAUGAAGAUGGUGAUGGUGAUGCCGGAGCCGAGGGGGACGACGGCAUUGUGUUUGAGCUAGAGUUUAGUCAUGACAACGGAAAUUAUGUCGGAAAAGACCUUCGAAGUAUUAGUACCCUCAGUAGUACGGUGAGCGGGAACUGCGAUGAUCAAUCGGUGGAUGAUUUUAGUUACGGCGUAAACGAAUUUGGCGUUGAAUCGUUGAACCACAAUGCGUUACACAAUAAUCUUUCAGAGAAAGAAGGUGAAGAAAUUGAACAGGAUAAAUCAGGGAAGGCCUCCCUCGCGGAAGCAAGCAGCGAAAACAAAAAGAAUUUAGAGGAUGAUAAAACGUCCGAAACAAAUGGUAAAGCUUCUAAAUCGCAAAAGUAUAUCUGCCCAGUGGAAGAUUGUGGUCGCCGGUUGAACUCCAAGGCCGCCUUUGGAUACCACCGGCUGCAGCACACCGGCGAACGGCCGUUCAAGUGUGAGUCCUGUGACAAGCGGUUCUUCACCUGCAGCGCACUGAAGGUACACGAACGGCUGCACUCUGGCGAAAAGCCGUACAAGUGUGACAUCUGUGGGCACCACUUCCGGCAGUGGGGCGACCUUAAGUACCACCAGACGUCCAUCCACUCGAACGAGAAGAGCCACAAGUGCGAGUUCUGCGGCAAAGAGUUCGCCCGACGCUAUUCGCUGUUGCUCCAUCGGCGCAUUCAUACGAACGAGAAAAACUACAUCUGCGAGUACUGCAACAAAGGGUUCCGGGCCAGCGCAUACCUGCAGUCGCACCGGAAGAUACACACGGGCGAAAAACCUCACCAGUGCACAAUAUGUGAUAAGAAGUUCCGGUGCCACGGGGACAUGAAUAGGCAUAUGAAAAUUCAUACCCGGCCGGAAAAGAAAGGAAAACCCGACCAACCGAACGGAGAGGACCUAAAAUCGGAUGCUAUCGAUUUGACGAAAAUGAAACCGAAAAGAAAAAAGGGUGUACAGAAAAAAACCGUCGACGAUGAUAGGCAUAUGGAGAAUGAUUAGAAAAGUUUUCGUUUUAACGUAUGACUAAAAUACUAUUGAUUAAAGUUAUGGUCUCAGAUCAAACGUGGUACAACUUUCAAAUUCUAACUCGAUCGAUUUUCACUUAGUUCAUUGUAAAAUGUGAAUACAAUUUGAUUCGAAGAACGUUACAGCGAGGGGAUAGCAAAAAAAAAGUUGCAUCAGUGUUUAAUGAGCAAAAUAAAUUUAUAGUGAAACGGAUG